AUGUACAUAUAUAUAUUAUUAUUGCAGAUAACUGGAAAAACUAUCGGACAAGUUCACGCAGUGUCGGAUAUGCAUCAGAGGAAGGCCGAGAUGGCCCGGCAAGCCGAUGCCUUCAUAGCCCUUCCUGGUGGCUAUGGCACGCUCGAAGAGUUGCUUGAAGUAGGGCUUUUGAAUGUGGAGGGUUAUUACAAUAGCUUGUUGUCUUUUAUUGAUAAGGCCGUUGAUGAAGGAUUUGUGUCUCAGGCUGCACGUAGAAUUAUCGUCUCAGCCCCAACACCCAAACAAUUAAUCACACAGCUUGAGGAACAUAUUCCAGAAUACGAUGAAAUUACAGCCAGCUUGAUAUGGGAAGAGGUUGAAAGAAAUUACAUCUCCGUGUAA